CGAGGCCAUUAUUGCCUGCGAACUAAGCAUGAGCAGCGCAACCACAUUGCAUCAACAGGUUGCAGAGAUCUUGACGUCGCUCGUUGGCCCUUGGACCAAGGAAGCCUACGCGGCUGUGGCAAUUACAGCCGUCGUCGUUGCUUGGGUGUUCUGGUCCAUCAACGAACAGCCCACCAAGGUUCGCCUUGUCUUCAACGCCAGUUCCAAGCUCAACCAGUUCGUUUCCACUAACUGCGCUACGCUUCAGUCCACGUACCAUCCGCCGUGGUGGGCCAAGAGCGCCCACGUCCAAGCGCUCCUUACGGUUGCGUUGCCACAAGCCAAAAUCAAGUUCUCGCGAGAUUUGGUUGGUCUUCAAGACGGCGGUCAUGUCGCCGUGGACUGGUGCGAAGGAACUUCGCAAUUGUCGACGGACGCCCCCAUCCUGUUGGUGAUCCAUGGCUUAAAUGGCUCCAGUGAUGAGCACCGCUCGUUCUGCGCUGACGCGCUUCAAGCUGGGUUCCGCCCCGUGGUAUUCAACAAGCGCGGCCACGGCGGCUCGACCGUGGCCGCCGUCCCCCUCCUUCAAGCGUUUGGAUGUGUGAAGGACGUGACGGAAGCUAUCGAUCACAUUGAGCGCAAGUUCCCCACCGCCCCGAUCGUUGGCGUGGGGUUUUCCGCCGGGGGGGGUCUGGUCUGCUCGUACUUAGGUGAAACUGGUAAAGCCUCCAAGCUCAAAGCAGGUGUGCUGGUGUCUCCCAGUACGUUUCUGUCCGACGUGCAGCCACUAUAUACAUGCAUCGCCUAUCAUCUCGAUCUCGCACUAGGCCACAAUACCGAAGACCUGUUUUGCGGAGGCGGCAUGAAUGCCGGAUACGACGCUGUGCUCACAUUUGCGCUCAAACGCUUUCUGCGGCAACAUAAAGAACACCUGUCCCCCGUCAUCGACUACCCCGCCGCCAUGAGAUCUCGAUCCGUGGCCGAAUUCGAUCGGCAUGUGUACGUCAAGAUGCACGGGUACGAAGACCUGGCGUCGUACUGGAAGCACAACGACCCGUUGCGGGCAGUGGAGAACAUCGCCGUGCCCGUACUGUGCAUCAACGCCAAGGACGACCCCGUGUGCACGUAUGGCCAGAUUGACUUGGCUCUUUUCGACAAGAAUCCCAUUGGCCUUAUGGCUAUCACGAAAUACGGCAGCCACUGCGGGUUCUUCGAGCAGACGUCAUGGUUCCAGCUCAAGUCUUGGGCAUCGAAAGCAACGCUGGACUACCUCACCACGACCCUUCGAUACCUCGACUCAUCUUCUGCCACCAGUUCGUUGUCAGAGUAAGCUGGAGAACGCUAUGUACAGGGUAUCGACUAAUUCAAGAUGUAAACGUUUGCCCCUCCACAA